AUGUUCCAUGGAUUGCCAAGUGAAGACCCCAUUGACCACCUUGAUGAGUUUGAUAGGCUUUGUGAUUUGACAAAGAUCAAUGGUGUCUCUGAAGAUGCCAUCAAGCUGAGACUCUUUCCUAUGUCUCUAGCUGACAAAGCUCACCAAUGGGAGAAGAGCUUGCCCCAUGGCACAAUCACCACUUGGGAUGAAUGCAAGAAGGCCUUUCUUGCUAAGUUUUUCUCCACCGGUCGCACAGCCAAGCUUAGAGAGAGAUAUCCAGCUUCAUCCAGCGAAACAAUGAGACAUUCGCAGAGGCUUGGGAGAGGUUCAAAGGCUACACAAGUCAGUGCCCACACCAUGGAUUCAACAAUGCUCUCCACUCUUUAUAGAGGAUGCUUGCCUAGGUAUAGGGAGAUGCUAGACACAGCUAGCAAUGGGAACUUCCUCAACCAGGAUGUAGAUGAUGGCUGGCAACUUGUGGAGAACAUAGCUAACUCAAAUGGAAGCUAUGGAGAAGAGUAUGAUCGCACCAACCGGAGCUCGACCCACCACUCGAUCGAGUCAGACGAAAAGUUGAGAAAAGAUGUUAAGGCAUUGAAUGAGAAGUUGGAUAAGCUGAUCCUAGCUCAGUCCACAAUGAAGAAAGUCAACUUUGUGUCUGCUGAGGAGAUGGAACCAGUCCAAGAAGGGGAGGAUACACAAUUUGCUGAGGUGUGCUACAUGAGCAAUGGGCAAGGAGGUUACAACAAAGGAUACUAUAAUUACAAGUCCAACCCUGCCAUGUCAUACCGCAACACUGAUGUUGCUAACCCUCAGGACCAAGUCUAUCCUCAACAACAAGCAGCUCGAUCGAGUCAAGCCACAACAUGGGCUUCCCCACCAACCGCCCCAGCCUGCACCUUCACAGAGAAUGAGCUCAAGGCAAUGCUAAAGCAACUACUUCAAGGGCAAGCUGAUGGGGUAGUGGACACAAGCAAGAAGCUAGCUGAAAUCAACUCCAAGUUUACUCUCUGGAGAAUCAUGCUACAAAGCAAGGACAAAGGUAAAGCUAUUCAGAACCCCAAGGAACAGUGCAAGGUCAUCUUCACUCAAGAAGGACUUGUUGAAGAAGAGGAUCAAGAAAGGGUCAUUGAAGAUUUUUGUUUACUGCUGAAUGAUGAAGAGAUUGUUGCUGCUGAGGCUCCUGGAGUCCAGAUUGAUCAACCAGAAGUGCAUGCACCUACUGUGGCCAUUCACACUUCACCAGUUGAGCUCGCACAACAAGCUCGAUCGGCAGCUCGAUCGAGUCAACUCUAG